GCGUCCACUGCAAGUUUGACUUUGUAUGAUAUUGUGACCUUGUUAUCACUCAGUGUAAGACCUUUGGGGGAUGCAAUACCUUUGACCCUUUUGCGCAAGCUUCCCUGCUGUUCUCGCCACAACAGGAUCGCAACUGCCGUUUUCCCACCAUGGCACUCGUACCUGCUGACCUGGAGAAGUACGAGGUCAAAGAAAUCAUCGGUCGAGGGUCAUUCGGAAUCAUCCGAAAGGUACGCAGGAAGCAGGAUGGACUCAUCCUGUGCCGAAAAGAAAUCAACUACUUGAAGAUGUCAACAAAAGAACGGGAUCAGCUCCACGCCGAGUUCUCCAUCUUGUCCUCACUCAAACAUUCAAACAUCGUUGGCUAUUAUCACCGAGAGCAUUUGAAAGACACCCAGGAACUGUACUUGUAUAUGGAAUAUUGUGGUGGAGGCGAUCUCGGUACGGUCAUCAAGGACCUUAAAAAGAACAACGAAUAUGCCAAAGAAGAGUUCGUCUGGAGGAUCUUCAGCCAAAUUGUCACGGCGUUAUACCGCUGCCAUUACGGAGUCGACCCGCCGGAACCAGGCAGCGAACUGUCUCGACAAAAAGAUGGAAGACCUGUUUCUAGAGGAAAGAUGAUUCUGCACCGUGACUUGAAGCCAGAGAAUAUCUUUCUGGGAGAGGAUCAAUGCGUCAAGCUCGGCGACUUUGGCCUAUCAAAGCUCAUGCAAUCCCAUGAUUUUGCCUCGACUUAUGUCGGCACCCCCUUCUACAUGUCUCCAGAGAUAUGUGCCGCCGAAAAAUAUACCCUUCAUUCCGAUAUUUGGUCCCUUGGCUGUAUCAUGUACGAGCUAUGCACCAAAACGCCCCCAUUCAACGCCACUUCGCAUAUUCAGCUCGUCCAGUGCAUCCGAAAAGGCGAGUUCAAGCCGAUCCCUAGCAUCUAUUCGAAAGACCUAGCAAAUGUCAUCGCCAGUUGUCUCAAGACUAAUCCGAUGCACCGCCCCGACACCGUCUCCUUACUUUCAAUUCCAUACGUUUGGGUCUCACGCCGUCAGCAAGAGAUGGUUGUCAUAAGCAAAGCAUUGAAGACCAGAGAGGAGCUGGCAGAACACAAGCUGAGACAAGCAGAAGAGAGGCUGUCCGCCCUUGAGGCCGACAAGGCAUCAACGAGGCUCGAGCUUGAUGCCCAGGUUCGUCGAGAAUGGGAAGUGAGGGCCAGGCUUGAAAUCGACCGUCAAGUCCAGCUAGAGCUUGAUAGGCUGCGCAAGAAGUUCGAUAGUGAAGUGGAACAAAAGGUGUCGGCAGCCCUCGCCCUACACCACCGCGCCACAGAAUCCAGACCAUUAAAGGAGCUUCGCAACCUCAACAUCCCGGUGUACGAUAAGGAAAAUCACGACCCUAGUUCCUCCAUCAACACCGAAGGCGAGGACGACUUUCCUUCACAGACUGAUCUCAGCGACUUCUCAGAUGGAUUAAUGCUAUCGCCAAAUACAUCCAACACUAGACACAUCCCACCCAAGAAGUCGAGAACUCCUCUUGCACGCGCCAAAACCACCUUCGACUCUCCUGCAGAUGUCCAAAUGGGAGAGCCAUCACCGAUGUCGAUUAGUUCGCUUUCGCUUUCACCGCGCCGCAAUGCUGCUGCGCAGGCCACGGCAAAUGCCACCGUCACAGCUGCUAAUGCAAGGAACAUUUUUGCACGUGCAGAGCGUCAGAAGGCAAGAUGGGAGCCAAAACUCGCCUACAGCUCAGAGGACGACGAAGAAGAUCUCGACUUUGCGGAUGAUUCGGACGAUGAUAUCCCUGAUCUACCAAGUCCGACAAAAGCCAAACCUCAGAUUGCUGACACCGACCCUUUCAAGCAUCCAAACCCUUCGUGGAAAGCCAAACCUGCUUUGACGAGGCAAAACACUACAGCGACGAUGCAAAAGCUGAUCACCAAACCCUCUCUUUUCCCAACCAGCAAUGCCGGUGCCAAAAUCAGAGCUGGAAUUGCUGGGGCGGGUCUGCCUUCCACAGUACGGGGCAUCCCACGGGCAAUUACCGACGGUGAAAUAAAGAGCAAUCGCGUGAGAUCGCCAAGUCCGGGCAGAGGUUUAAGCAAGAUUCCGAGCCGCAGCGAUCUGCGAGAGCAUGCCAACGCCUUUGAUGACAGCAGUACCAGUCCACUGAGACGCGCAGCGACUUCGAGCACUAAACUUAGAAGCAAAUUAGCGGGCUCGAAGGAGCUGGCGGGUAAUGGCGGAGUGGGCGGCCGGACUCUUGUCGAGCUCGCUCAAGCUCGAGCAGGAGGAAGGCAGGUGGUGAGCAAACCAUUCUCGGAGAUCAAUGACCGGGAGAAAGACUCAUUUGAUGUACCGGUGUGGGAUCCUGAGAAACAUGGCGACGAUAUGCCCAGUCCUUUCCUCAAACGCGAUGUCAGAGCGAUCCGUAACAUUCGGUGAUGGUGAAUUUGACAAGAUGGGAGCGUGGGUGGGCGCGACGCAUGAUGGAGAGCGCUUUGACACAGAUGUUCACAAAAAUCUGGAUUCGAGUCACCACUAACGGUCACACUGUUGGGAUAUAAUGAUGACAUGUGUGAUGGGACUGAAAAAAUCGGGUGGGAGGAAUGAGCCGGAUUUGCAACGUCUCUCGGUAGCUAGAGGACGAGUCCUCUGCAAGUCUACUCCUACCCAGUUGUCGAGUUUAUUCAGCGAGCAUAGCAUGGCGAAGAGGUCCUCGGGACACCAGCGAGGGUACUUUGACAGCAUAGGCGGCGUUGAGAAAGGAUGGUUAUCUGGAAUGUUUGGUUAGGAUGUAUCUGAGACACGCAUUGGUGAACAAAGUCUUUGGGCGCCAUCAGCGUAUGUUAUCAACGCACUGUUACAAAGCUGGCAGUCUAUAGGUACCUACCUAGCUCAUCAACUAAAGCCAUUUCC